CAGUGGGGGGAGGAGUGUGGGCGGGAGUGGGGGAAUCGGGAAACGGAGGGGGAAGGGAAUGGGGAUGAGGUGUGGAAGGACGAGGAGGGUGGGGAAAGGGACGGAGGGUUGGCGUGUGGAAGAGACGUGGGAGGUGGUGGAGAAGAGGAUGGGGAAGAGGGAGUGGAAACUGGUCUGUGUGUAAAGGGCGUGCGGGGAAGAGGAGUGGGGGAGGGGGUGGGUGAGGAGGGGGAGGGGGAGGAAGGGGUGGUGAUGGAAGUGGAGGUGAGAGGAGUGGUGCUGGGAGAGGGGUGGGGGAUGGAUGGCGCGGCAGCAACAAUUGAAGCAGCCUCUGGCGUGCUGAGAAGAGCCAAGACUGUGCAGGGCUUCCGGAAGCUCUUCGAGGAAGCAGAAGGGAAACGGGUGGUAGGCGCUAUGAGGGCCACAUGGGAGACUCAGGUGGAGGAACACGAGGAGGAAGGAGAGGAGAAAGGAGAGGAAAGGUUGGAAGGGAAGGAGGCAGGAGGAGGAGAAGGUGCGGCAGGUGUGGAGGGAGUUGUGCCUGAGGGUUCUGUCGAGGGUUCUGUUGGGAUUGGAGGGAGAAGCGAGCGUACUUGUGGGAAGACGAAGGCAGGAGGAAGAAAGAGGAAGCGCAGGCAGUCAGGAUUGGGGUUGGCAGCAGCUGCUGGAGCAGAGGAAGGGGCGGCAGCAGCAGCAGCAGCAGCAGCAGCAGCAGCAGCAGCAGCAGCAGCAGCAGCAGCAGCAGGAGCAGUGGAAGGGGUGGAAACAGCAGCAGCAGCAGCAGCAGUAGGUGCAGAUAAAGGGGAGAUUACUAAAGGUCCGGCCGCUCCGGACGCCCUGGAUGGCAAUGGUGGUGUAAUCAACGGUGGUGAUUCAAACGUUGGUGGCUCUACCGGUGCUGCUUGUGGUGGUGGCUGGGGGGAGGCUGAUGGUGGCUGGGGGGCGGCUGGGGGUGGCUGGGGGGUGGUUGGUGGUGAGUGGGGGGCGGCUGGUGGUGAGUGGGGGGCGGCUGGUGGUGGUUGGGAGGCGGCUGGUGGUGAGUGGGGGGCGGCUGGUGGUGAGUGGGGGGCGGCUGGUGGUGCCAGCUGUGAACCUGCUGGUGGCAACACUGGUGCUCUCAGGUUUCUAGGUGACGGCCAUUGCAUGGAUUGUGUGGUGAAAGCAGCUGACGGAUCGACAGUGGUGCGGGUUGAAGGAGAUGCUUAUAACGGGACGAGCAGCACAGAGUGCUUUUCCGGGUUCAUGCUGCUGACGUCGCCUGCCAUUGGUCCGCUGGAUGCUGACGUGGCACACAUGGAAGUCCCGCUGUGCUCCAAGUACUUUGGAGCUUCCUCUGCUGCUACAGAUGGAACUUAUGCUCCUGCUACAGCUUCAGUGCCUGCUGCUACAGCUUCGGGACAAGCUGCUGGCUUGACUGCUGCUGCUCCUGCUGCUGCUGGUGCUGCAUCUGUCGGCUCCUCACCAGGGCUUUCCCACCGCUCUUCAUCGCAAUCCCCUUCGGUUGCUUCGGGGUCGGUCCGACUCUCUCCACUUGGAGCCCUCGCUUUCUCGCCUCAAACGGUCAGUCGCGCUCAGACCAUUCAGGUGGUUCAGGUCAUUCAGGUGGUUCAGGCGAUUCAGGUGGUUUGGUUGAUUCAGGUGGUUCAGGUGAUUCAGGUGGUUCAGGCGAUUCAGGUGGUUCAGGCGAUCCAUGUGGUUUUCCAGGUCGUUCAGGUGAUUCAGGUGGUUCAGGCGAUUCAGGUGGUUCAGGCGAUUCAGGUGGUUCAGGUGAUUCAGGUGGUUCAGGCGAUUCAGGUGGUUCAGGCGAUUCAGGCGGUUCGGUUGAUUCAGGUGGUUCAGGUGAUUCAUGUGGUUCAAGUGAUUCAGGUGGUUCAGGCGAUUCAGGUGAUUCAGGUGGUUCAGGUGGUUCAGGUUCAGCUCAUGCAGGUGUCAGAGUGCGUCAGCUCCGCACCCAUAUGCAUGCACCCCUCAUUCUCCCGAUUCCCCUCAUUCUCCCCAUUCUCCCCAUUCUCUGCCUUCUCCGCCUUCUCCCCAGACUCCCCCGUCUCCCCCUUCUCCCCUUUCUUCCUCCUCUCCCAUGUCUCCCGCGUUUUCUCGAAUGAUCUUCAGCUGGCCAGCGCCAUGUGCUACCACAUGCGUUUGUUCGGCAUGGCGUUGGAUCGAAGAGACCUCAUGGACUAUGCUCCCAUCCUCGCCCAAGCUACUGCUACAGCCGAAUUUGCUGCUGCUACAGCUGGAUCGGCAGCAGCAGCAGCUGUCAUUACGACCGACGCUGCUGCUGGUACCAAGCCCACGCCCAUCAGCACCGCUGUGCGCCACUUUGAAGCCUUCUGGACCGCAUCCCACUACUGCCUCGUGCUGCCCUGCUUGGUAGGAGGAGUAAAGGAAGGUACGGAAUGCACGAAAGGAGGAGGAGACAGAGGAGAAGGAGGAAGAGGGACAGCAGCAGACAGGGGAGUGGGUGUUGAUAUGAUGCGCAUGUUGAUGGGGAGGAUUGACUGGGAGACGGUGGACAGGGUGGUGUCUCUGGGAGGCCGUAGUGCCACUUCUAAUGGCUGUGCUCAUGGUGCUGACGGUAAUGGUGCUGCUGCUGCUGAUGGUGCUGAUGCUGUUGCUGACGGUAAUGUUGCUGCUGCUGCUGAUGGUGCUGAUGCUGUUGCUGACGGUAAUGGUGCUGGUGCUGCUGAUGGUGCUGGUGCUGCUGAUGGUGCUGAUGCUGUUGCUGACAGUAAUGGUGCUGCUGCUGCUGAUACCAAUGCUGCUGCUGCUGCUGCUGCUGCUGAUACCAGUGCCGCUGCUGCUGAUGGUGGCGGCGGUGGUGGUGGUGGUGGUGGUGGUGGUGGUGGUGGUGGUGGUGGUGGUGGUGGUGGUGGUGGUGGUGGUGGUGGUGGUGGUGGUGGUGGUGGUGGUGGUGGUGGUGGUGGUGCUGCUGCUGCUGCUGCUGCUGCUACUGCAGCUGCUGAUUAUGCUGAUGCCAAUGCUGCUGCUGCAGCUGCUGCUCCUGCUGCUACUGCUGCUGCUGCUGCUGCUGCUGCUGCUGCUGCUGCUGCUGCUGCUGCUGCUGCUGCUGCUGCUGCUGCUGUUCCGAACACCAUUCACAAUGCCCCUGGCAGCACGCCUCUGCUCAUGGCUGCGCGCGGGCCUGUGGAGGAGCAUGACGAGCUCCAUGGCAUGGUGGCAUGUGCGGAUGAUGCUGUUCCAAACAAUGCCCCUGUCACUGCUGCUACCACACCCCUGCUUGUGCCUGCUCGUGCUCCUGACACCACGCCCCUGCUCAUGACUGCUCACGGGCCUGUGAAUGCUGCUGCUACUGCUGUUCCGAACGCCACUCACAAUCCCCCUGGCAGCACGCCUCUGCUCAUGGCUGCGCGCGGGCCUGUGGAGGAGCAUGACGAGCUCCAUGGCAUGGUGGCAUGUGCGGAUGAUGCUGUUCCAAACAAUGCCCCUGUCACUGCUGCUACCACACCCCUGCUUGUGCCUGCUCGUGCUCCUGACACCACGCCCCUGCUCAUGACUGCUCACGGGCCUGUGAAUGCUGCUGCUACUGCUGUUCCGAACGCCACUCACAAUGCCCCUGCCAGCAUGCCUGUGCUCAUGACUGCUUGCGGGCCUGUGAAGGACCAUGAGCUCAACGGCAUGGUGGCAUAUGCGGAUGCUGCUGUUCCAAGCAAUGCCCCUGUUACCACGCCUCUGCUCGUGACUGCUUGCGGGCCUGUGAAGGAGCAUGAGCUCAACGGCAUGGUGGCAUAUGCGGUGCAUUCCGGUCUGCUGUACCAGCUGCUGGGAAGGGACCCUGAGGGGCGAACGGCAUGGGCGUUUCAGCAGCACUUUUCAGAUUGGUACGGUAUGUCGCUGCAGCACCCCGACCAGCCUCUGUUCACUGCGUGCCAGCUCAAGCCAGAGCCGUGCAAUGCGCUGCUGCGUCUGCACACGCUGCCAAAAUACAUACCACUGCGAGAAACCGCUCCCCAACCUUUCCCUCCCCCCUGCUCGUCUGCCUAUCUGAGAAACCCCUGCCCCACCUUCGCAUGUUCCUCCUAUCGCUCCUUGCUUGUCCUCCUUCCCCUCCCUGUAUCCCCUUUUCUAAUCCCUCUUGCAUUCCCCUUGCAUCACCCCUCUCUCAGUGGACACUUCAACUUGUCAACAGGGCCAUCCAAUCAGUGCAGUCUGAUGAUUUUUGCGGGGCCUCAGGAGUCAAAACCUGCAAACCCCCUCCCCUGCUCUUCGCCACCUUGCAUCCUCCCUCUCUCAGUGGACACUAUGGAUCUCGUCAACCGGGCUGUCCAGUUAGGGCUAGAGGAGCAGGUUCCUGUACCUGCCAGCGCUGAUACACCUGUAGCAGACAUGGCUGUAGAGGACACGGCUGUAGCAGACACGGCUGUAGCAGACACGGCUGUAGCAGACACGGCUGUAGCAGACACGGCUGUAGCAGACACGGCUGUAGCAGACAUGGCUGUAGCAGACAUGGCUGUAGCCCAGGAGGCUGUAGCAAGGGAGCAGCAGGAGCAGCAGGAGCAGAAGCAAGAGGAAGAAGGCAGAGGGCAGCAGACGUCAUACCUCCCGUUGGAGCUCCUGGUGCCGGUGUUGCCACUGCAGCACGUGACGGGGCAGCAGCGGCAGCAGCAGCAGCAGCAGCAGCAGCAGCAGCAAGGCACGGGGAAGGAGGAGGCAGCUAGGGAGCAGAAGAAAGAGGAAGAAGGCAGAGGGCAGCAGACGUCAUACCUCCCGUUGGAGCUCCUGGUGCCGGUGUUGCCACUGCAGCACGUGACGGGGCAGCAGCGGCAGCAGCAGCAGCAGCAGCAGCAAGGCACGGGGAAGGAGGAGGCAGCUAGGGAGCAGAAGAAAGAGGAAGAAGGCAGAGGGCAGCAGACGUCAUACCUCCCGUUGGAGCUCCUGGUGCCGGUGUUGCCACUGCAGCACGUGACGGGGCAGCAGCGGCAGCAGCAGCAGCAGCAGCAGCAAGGCACGGGGAAGGAGGAGGCAGCUAGGGAGCAGAAGAAAGAGGAAGAAGGCAGAGGGCAGCAGACGUCAUACCUCCCGUUGGAGCUCCUGGUGCCGGUGGUUCCCAUGCAGCACGUGCUCUUUGCCUCGCUGCUCCCCUCGCUGCUCUCCCGACUUGACUGCCUCCUCACUGCCCGGGACAUCAGGCGGUUCCUUGUGCGGCAGUACGGUUGUGCGCGGCAGGGGCAGCAGGCACCGGAUUUUCCUGCUAUUGAUGGGAAUGGCAAGGGGAAUGGCAAGGGGAAUGGCAAGGGGAAUGGCAAGGGGAAUGGCAAGGGGAAUGGCAAGGGGAAUGGCAAGGGGAAUGGCAAGGGGAAUGGCAAGGGGAAUGGCAAGGGGAAUGGCAAGGGGAAUGGCAAGGGGAAUGGCAAGGGGAAUGGCAAGGGGAAUGGCAAGGGGAAUGGCAAGGGGAAUGGCAAGGGGAAUGGCAAGGGGAAUGGCAAGGGGAAUGGCAAGGGGAAUGGCAAGGGGAAUGGCAAGGGGAAUGGCAAGGGGAAUGACAGGGGAAUGGCAAGGGGAAUGGCAAGGGGAAUGACAGGGGAAUGGCAAGGGGAAUGGCAAGGGGAAUGGCAAGGGGAAUGGCAAGGGGAAUGA